AGGGAUUCUUAUAUAUAGAAACCUCCGAGCUCCUUGUCUCUUCAGAAUCUCAGAUUACAUCCAAAGAUAGCAUUUGUCGACAAUGGCUGGACUGAUUAACAAGAUUGGAGAUACCCUCAAGGGCAACAAGAAAGAGGAGGAGUACAAGGGACAAGGGGGCAACAACCUCCACAUAGGGGGCAACAGGAAAGAGGAGCGCAAGGGACAAGGGGGCAACAAGCUUGGAGAGACCCUCCACAUGGGGGGCAACAAGAACGAGGAGCACAAGGGAGAGCAUCAGGGGCAGAAGAAGGAAGGGAUUAUUGACAAGCUGAAAGACAAGAUCCCUGGUGUUCAGGGCAAGGAUGGCAAGGACGGGGUGAAGAAGAAGAAGGAGAAGAAGAAGCACGAAGACGGCCACAGCAGCAGCAGCGACAGCGACUAGAACAUAUAACAUCAUCUAUGCAUAGGUGGAGAGGAUCACAAUUGAGAGGAGAAAGGUCAGAAAACAGAAGGAAAAAAAAAACAAAAGUUGUAAUAGUUUGUGGUUGCUACUUUUUUUUUUUUUGUUUUCUAAUCGUUUUUAGUUCCUGCUUGUUUAUUACUAGUACGAGCGUCUUACCUGGUUGAGAUCCGAAUGUAACACCCACGCCUAUGUUUGACUCAAGGAUGAUAAUAAAAUGUUUUUCUUUGGGACA